CCUAUAUAUAACACAGUACUUACUUUUUGUUUUUCAGAAAUCCUCGACAACCAGAAGAUCCAGUUGACAUCAUCGUUCUUGAAAAUGAAAGCGCUCCUGCAUAGUCUGGUCAUCAUCUUGAUUCUACCUGCAGCAGCUAGUGGUAAGUGUCGAAUUCCGGAGUAUCUUCAUGGACAAUGGUUACACAUGGAGAAUGGUAGCGUAUUUAAUACAAUAAUCACAGCUGAUAAAUGGGAGAUCAACAGCGAUCGUAAUAAUGAACGAACAGAAUUGACGUGUGAGAAGUUGAACGUCCAUCCUAAAACGGAUUCCCAAGGAGACGACGGCAAUAACGUCACAAUGCUUAUGACUAAAAGUGAUGGACCAGCAUGCUAUUACUGCGUUGAUGUAUUGUGGAGAACGCCAAACGUUUUACAGUUUCAAAAAGGGGGCUGUAUAAAAGACCAGUCAGGAAUGAGUACCAGGAAUAUAUUGUCUUAUUGUAUGUAUGCAUCAGGUCAACCACAAAAUCGACAACCCUUCGUCAAAAAUCUCGAGACACUGUUUCGAAAAUCUCCACAAAAAAUGAAUUGCAAUGAUAUACUAGUAUUUGAUGGUAUAUAUCAGUUCUCGUACGAGAUGGAAUAUAGGGACGACGGAGUCUGUAAUAGCUCAAAAAGUCAGAUUGAAGCAUGUCAAGUAGACGGAUCCCCCUACGUAGAUAACGAGGUUUUUCACAUAACAUACGACAGUUGUCCUGGAGUGUCCACACCACGACACAAGAAGGUGAGGUACCAGUGUAUGGGUGCAUGGUCGGCUGAAAUGUAUGGACAGAAAUAUAAGUUCGCCGCAGUUCGCGAUGUCGUAGAGAGUAAUCCAAAAGAAGAAUUCAAGUGCAUGUUAACUAUCGAGCACGCAAUGUGGCCUCAGGAAUAUUGGGUGAUGUCUCGUUUCUCUCAAUGCAGACACUUGCAAUCUUUAUACCGAGGACCCGUUCGAUUGAGAUUGACACGUAAAAGAAGAUGUGAAAAUUGAUGUGCAAUGUCGUCGCUUUUCUGCCUACUGUCAGAUUUUUUUUUAAAAAUCAAUUGUAAAAUAUAAUUCAUUUUCUAUUUCAUGAAAUAUGAUUCAUGUUUUCUUUACAUCCAAAGUACACAUAGUAUGUUGUUAUCAUGUAUAUUACGCUUAGUUAAAACUGCAAAUUUGUCACGGAUAACCGUGCUAGAAUGUGAUG